CAAUAUGCAAUCAAUAUAUCUGUCCUACAGAUCCAAUCAAGAGUAUUAUUGAUUAUAAAUAUACACAAGACUGAGAUCACUACCAUCCCAACUCCUCAAAUUCCCAAUUAACACGCUUUCAUUGCAACUUCUCUGAGAUAUCUCAACUCACUUUUGCUUCUUUCUUCUUCCUUCAGACACUCUUUUUACAACAAUGGGUUUCCGCUUCGCUAGCUUAGUUCAUGCCAAGCAACUCAUUCAGAGGCCUUUUUCAAGCACAAAAGAUAUUCCAAAAGGCUUUCUAGCAGUUUACGUUGGAGGUGAGAGUAGAAUGAAGAGAUUUGUGAUCCCUGUGGCAUACUUGAACCAGCCAUCAUUCCAAGACUUGCUCAGUCAGGCCGAAGAAGAAUUCGGAUUCGAUCAUCCAAUGGGAGCUCUUACAAUUCCCUGCACAGAAGAUGCCUUCAUCCAUCUUAUUUCUCACUUGAGCUCCUAAUCUUAUGAGUUUAGACUCCAAUAGAUGAUAACAGCUAACAAAACUUAUUGUUACAAUUUGUUAGGCAGACAAUGCCAUAUACCUUGUAAAUAUUUUUUCCUUGGGGAUUAACAGAAAGUUAUCCCCAAGAAUGAUACAAAUUAGUGAAUAUUAUUGGAAAUUUUCAUUCAUAAAUUUUAUGUGAACAGAACCUUUUUUUUUCC